UCAUCUUUCUUCAUAUCAUCCAUUCACUCACAACACAUCGCAACUUUUGAGAGACACAUACACAAGCCUUUUAGCCUUUUUCAUCCAUCUUUUAAGAUUUUGUUGAUAUGAUUUUUGAGUAAGACAGUUUCUUUUUGAGACACAACAUUGCAACCUGGCUGAGGAAUCAAAGAAAAGGAGCUAGCUACCUAGGCCAAUGAAGAGGAACAGUUUGAUGAAAGGCUACACUUACACUUGUGCCAACAAGAGCCCAACAAGAGAGUGCAUCCAUGUUGUCAACUGCUACAACAAGCACAACCAAAUGGCUAAAGAGUGUUGGGAGUGCAGCAGCAACAACAACAACAACUCUCACAGCAAUGCAGAUCAGGACUAUGUGAAUGGCUUCCCAUGGCCACCAAGAUCAUACACUUGCAGCUUCUGCAGAAAGGAGUUCAAGUCUGCUCAGGCACUUGGUGGACACAUGAAUGUUCAUAGGAGGGAUAGAGCAAGGUUGAGGCAGUCACCCCCAACUGAUCAAGCUCAACAAGGCCCUAUGCUGAACCUUAACCUUGACCCUUCAACUAACCCUAACAACUCAACCUCAUCUUUGUCCAUGUUACCAUCAUCUUCUUCAACUCUCAAACCUGUCACUUGCACAUUACCCUUGUUUGUUUCUCCCACUCCUCCUUCACCUUCUUCUGAGUUGAAGAGAUCAUGGGUUGUUGUGGAUGGCAUUCUGUUGAACCCUUUCAGCACCAAGACCCCAGAGCAGUCCAAGUCAAAGAUUCCAGAAUCUUUACCAGCUGGGGUUGGAGAAUAUGAUCAUGCUUUUGCCAGGGAAGAUGGGUGCAAAGUGUUGAAGAAAGGUGAGAUUCUCAGGAUGGACUUGGAGAUAGGUUUGCCUAGAGAUUAUGAUUUAGAUCUGGAGCUUCGUUUGGGUACUACUUACUCCUAGGUCACACGGUUAGGUAUGAUGAACCACCAUCUUUAGUAGUUAUCAUGUUAGUUUUUCUAUGUUAAUUUACUAGUUAAGAUGUUAAGGUUUGAUAGGAAGAGAGAAGAUUGAAUGGUUGUUAUCUGAAGUAGGGUCAUAUCAAACGGAAAUGUAUUUAUAUAUACUUACCAUCUUCAACAUCUUAGCUAGCUAGAUUCUAUAUGUUUAUGAAGGCUUUCACUUCCAUUACUUAGUUGCAUGUGAAAAGCUUCCACUUAUCAUUUCCUAAUCGAACUCCAAUGCUAUCUCUUGUUUUA